AUGAAGAAAAACUGGAACAAGAAAGGCAUAUGUGAUGUCGCUUAUAUUUUACAUGGGUUCGCACUAGCAUUCCAAGUGUGGACCUAUGAGCUUAUCGAUACAUUCGUCCCCAAUUUUGCUGAAAAGACACUGGAAGAUGAUCUUACAAGCCCAAUGAUAGUGCUCUGUAAAUCUUUUAGGAGUUAUACCGGACCUGAGGUAUCCACAGCCAUCCAGGAGUGCACUGUUCGAAGAAAAAUUCAUGAGUUUGCGGAGGAGAAGCGAAUGAAGAGAAAGAUUGAAGUUUUUGAAGAAGAAGAAAAACAUGAAAGGACUCCCAAACCGCCAACCAAGAAGAGUAGACAUAUUAGUCCCAAGGUCCGUGAAGUUAGUGAUGAAACUAGCCAAGAAAGCUCCUCUCAUUCAAUCCCUUCUGCGACGACUCCUAUUCCAACUGAAGACAAAUCUACAUCUUGUGCACCAAAUCGAGUGUCUCAAGACUUAACUGCCAAACUUGAUGUGCUGACAAAUGUUGUGAAUGUGAUUAAAAGUGAAAUCAAGCUCAUGAAGGAGAAUCAACAACUUAUAAUCACAUUAUUGGGGCAAAGAAAUGAACAAAAGAAUGGUGGAGGAGAAGAAAAAGAAGAGGCAGGUACUGCUGCAAUCGAUACUGAGAAGAGGACGACAAAGAGGAAGAAUAAUGAUCUUACACUUGUUGAGAAUAGAACGAAGAGGAAGAAUGAUGAUGUUGAUAAUGAGAAUGGGACGAAGAGGAAGAAUGAUGAGUUGAUGAACUCUAAGAGGAAGAAUGACGAGAAGAUGAAGAAGAUUAAGGAGGAUGAUGAUGAGAUUACAAGAAAGAGGAAGGAGAGGCGAGAAAGGCUGGCGAUUUUGUCAAAGAAGAGGAUUGCUGAUGAGUUGGACAAGAAGAGGAAUGCUGAUAAGUUGGCCAAGAAGAGAAAGGCUGAGAAGAGGAAAUCGAAAAAGAACGAUGAGGAGGAGGAGGACGAGUACGAGGAGACUAAGGAGGAGGAGACUUUGGAGAAGGACGAGGAGACUGAGGAGGAGGACGAGGAGACUGAGGAGAAUGACGAGAAGACUGAGGAGAAUGAUAAGAAUGAUGAUGUGCAUGAGAACAAGGAGGUGGUGGAGAACAAGGAGAAGGAGGAGAAUAUGGAAGUGGAGGAGAACAAGGAGAAGGAGGUGGAGGUAGAGGAGAAUAAGGAGGUGGAGAAGAACAAGGAGAAGGAGGUGGAGGUAGAGGAGAAUAAGGAGGAAGAAGAUUUGCCCCAUGUUCCAAAGGAGAAGAAAGAGGAGGUGGAAAAAGAGAUUGUGAAGGAGGUGAUUGUGGAGACUGAGGAGGAGAAGAAGAAGAAGGAGAAAAAUAAGCAGAAGGAGAAGGAGGUGAAACAAUUGACUCCAUCACAAUUUGUUGGUAAAAGUUUUCGGAGAAAGAAGAAGUCGAAACAAUUGGGGGAAUACACCGACCCUGGUGGGAAAUGGUUUAAACUAAAUGAUCCGGUUAAGGUUAAUCCUUUGUUACGAAUUGACGAGGAAAAGAUGAAGGAGUUAAAGAAAUGGUUAAAGAGUGAUGCAAAGGAUUUCAAGGAGUUGACGGUUUGCUCUGCAGAUCGUUCUCUUUUCAAUAGAUUGCUCAAGCCUCAACAAUGGUUACACGAUACGAAGAUGAAUAAUCGCUAUGAUAUGUUUACCCCGAAUCCUGCAGGCUACGAAUUCGACGAUCUCAUGGAAUACGUAUUUGGUGAAGGAAGUAAUCAUUGGAAUAUUGUUGAUAUGAUAUAUGUACCCUUGAACCUAAAGUAG